CAAAUCUCCAGUGCAUCCUACAGAAGUGUCGCAGGCAAACAACGAAACCCCAAAAGACCUGCCUCUUUCAGAUUCCUCCUUCCGCCACAAGGAACCGCCCGAUCCCCUCAUCUACCCAUACCAUCCGUGCCUUGUUCGAUCCUUCCUAUCCCAAGCACUUCAUCCUCCAGCCCUACCCACCCUUCUCUCCACUUCUCGCACUAGGGCUAGCCUUCCAAAUGCAUCAAUCGCGCGGAGCUACCAGUUCGAGCAGCCCGGACAAGACCUUCUUCGGCGUUCGUUUCGUCCUCUUUGGGUUUGAUUCGGUAUCCGAAGCUCAGUGUCGCUCUGAGCUCGUGCGAAGAGGAGGAAUAGAUGCGGGUCAGUACGAUCAGAGCUGCACGCAUGUGAUUGUUUGCCGUCGCGUUUUUGAUGAUCCUGUAUGCAUUACUGCUCGGAAGGAUGGGAAAAUACUGGUGAAUGAAUUGUGGGUUGAUGAUAGUUUGCAACAUGAAAUUAUGGGUGAUGCUAACAGGAUAAUAUACAUGCCUGUAAAGGAUCUGAGUGGAAUACCAGGAAGUAAAUAUUUGCACAUUUGUUUAACAGGAUAUCAAAAGCAAGAACGAGAAGAUAUCAUGAAAAUGGCAUCCUUAAUGGGGGCAAAAUUCUCCAAGUCGUUAAUAGCGAAUCAAGUUACACAUCUUAUUUGCUAUAAAUUUGAAGGUGAGAAAUAUGAGCUUGCUAAGAAGGUGAAGAUCAAACUUGUCAAUCAUCGAUGGCUAGAGGAUUGCUUAAGAUCAUGGGAAAUUUUGCCAAUUGAUAGUUAUACAAAGAGCGGUUGGGAAUUAGAGAUUUUGGAAUCUGAGGCAAAGGAUUCAGAUGAAGAGAUUGGUGUUAGCAAGAAUUCAUUGAGGCAAAAUAAUGUAAAACAUUCUAAUUUUGGAGGUACAAUGUGUAAUGGAGGUUCUGAUUUGUCCAGUCAGUUUACGGGACAGUUUCCAAAUGGUAAUGCUGGAAAUCCUGUCACAAAUAGUGCAUCAAUCAUGACAUCAUUCAAGAACAACAAUUCUCGAAAAUCUAUGUCAGGUUGCAACAGUGACAACAAAAAAAAUCAUCCGAAUGCAGGAGAGGUUUCUCAAACUAGCAGAUCUCGUGUUAGAAAAGAUUCUAUGAUUGCAAUUGAACUAUUUGACCAAACUGUUUCUGAUUUUAAGGAGGUUGGUUCAUUGCCCACUGAAACAGUUUCAGCAUCAAGUGCAGCAGAUAUGAAAUCAAGCGCUCUUAAUCUUUCAAAGAAGCCUUCUGAAAAUCCCACUUCUGUAAAAUCACCUGUGAAUAUCUCUACACCCUCAAGGAAUUUUUCUUUAGAAAAGAUUUUGAAAGGUGAUUCUGAUAUAAUGCCAUCAGAACGGAAUAGUGCUAGUGAUGAACCAACCAGUCUUCAAGGUUUAACCACUCAAGUUACAACAAAUAAUAUUGCUAGUGCUUUACCUCAAAAAAGGAAAUCAAUGUCUUUGCCAAGAGGGGACUCAAAGUCUCCCAAGUCAGAAUGCCAUAGCUUCCCCAUACAUUCUUCCUCCUGUAAUCCAUCUCCAAACACUAAAUUGACAGCUAUAGAAGCACUUGUUACACCUCCGGCAGAGAAGGAUCAUCUGACUUUGGAUACAAACCACACUCUGGAAGGUACUAUGGAUUCAAAUGGAUCAAUUAAAAAAGCUCCAGCCUCAAAGUUCAAAUCACAUUACCGUCAGAAAAAGUCACUAUCAUGUGGGAAAUUUGUAAUACAUAAAAAUUCAAGCAGUGCGCAUUCAGUUUCAAAUAUAAAUAACCAUGGCAUUUCUAGCCCAAAGCAGGCCUUAUCUAACCAGGAAUACAGAACAGAAGAAUUGUCCAAAACCACAGCUAUUACUGAUAUAUUUGAUUCUUCGUCAGCCAGAAAGGCACUUCUAGAUUUGUCUUCAAAUGAUGGGUCAAUUCAAGUGGAGAACAAACAGGAGCUAAUGAAUGACACAGGGAACCAGUUUGGUUCAGUGGUUGCCUGUAAGCAUUCUGAUGAAACGUUUUGCAGCGAGAAAAGGCCUGAAACAUAUCUGGGAGGUCCAGGAGAACCUGAACUUGUCACCACAACUUCAAACGGUGCAGUUGCUAAUAUUGGUAUUCAAAAUUUAGUGGGGAAGAAUAAUGCACAUGCUGAUGGGUCUGAGGAAGACCAGGCUUCCGAAUCUCCCGGUGACCGAUCUUUGGUAAAUGAAAUUCCCUCUAGUACUGUAAAUGCUGAUGGGUCUGAGGGAAAUGAUUGCAAAAUUUCGUCUGGUUCCCACAGAAGAAAGGUUGUUGCUAAGAGGAGUGUCAGUAGCAGAUACAAGCUUAAUGAAAUGAACACUAGCAGGAAGGAGAAUAAUGUUCUGGAUUCUGAUAAAGUUGUCAUGAAUACCAAAGUUGUGCCUGAUAAAAAUGACAAGGCUAAGGUACCAAAUGAUAAGCACAUUAGCAGAAACUUGAAGAACAGGGUUGUUGAGCCACUCUAUGAUAAUGAGGUUAUAAAGGAAAGAACAGAAGCCGCAGAUUUUCCUACACCCUCAAGUAUCAAAAAGGAUGUAACCGUGCAUUCAAAGCAAACAAUUACUGAUGCAGAAAAGGAGAACAUGCCUGACGAAGCUGGUACCUUGAGUUAUAAUUCUUCUAAUUUUCAUAGCAGUAAACCAGUUAAUGAACAUGACCCAGAAAUAGUUAAGACUCCAGACAAGAGCUACAACAUGGAAACACCCAGCACUACAAAGAUUAACUUGGAUCCUGCAUGGUUCAUUUUAAGCGGUCAUCGCGUUCAGAGAAGAGAAUUUCGGGUAUUGAUAAAAAGACUUAGGGGGAGGAUUUGCAGGGAUUCUCAUCAUUGGUCUUAUCAAGCUACACACUUCAUAACUCCAGAUCCAUUACGCAGGACAGAAAAGUUCUUUGCAGCAGCUUCUGCUGGAAGGUGGAUUCUAAAGACGGAUUAUUUGACUGCUAGUGUUCAGGCUGGAAAAUUCUUGGAUGAAGAACCCUUUGAGUACUACAUGAAAGGUCUUACAGAAGAUGGUACAAUCAGCUUAGAAGCACCGAGGAAAUGGCGACUCUUAAAGGAACGUACAGGGCACGGUGCCCUCUAUAGGAUGCGGAUUUUAAUAUAUGGAGAAUGUAUUGCACCGAGCCUGGAUACACUGAAGCGCGUGAUAAAAGCCGGAGAUGGCACCAUUCUGGCAACCUCUCCACCAUAUACUCGUUUCCUUAAUUCUGGCGUUGACUAUGCCAUUGUCAGCCCAAGUAUGCCACGAGUCGACUUGUGGGUGCAGGAAUUCUUGAGGCAUGAGAUCCCAUGUGUAGCGGCUGAUUACUUGGUAGAUUACAUUUGCAAGCCGGGAUAUUCACUUGACAGGCAUGUGCUCUAUAAAACACAUGUUUGGGCUGAGAAGUCCUUUGCAAACUUGUUGAGCCAUUCCGAGGAGAUCAGUGAAGAUAUUAUAUCGACUUCAGUAGAAAGAAUUGAUGACCUCAGAUGUGCUAUUUGUGGUUUGUGCGAUAGGGGUGAGGUUAUGCUAAUUUGUGGAGAUGAAGCUGGUACCGUUGGAUGUGGGAUUGGUACCCAUAUUGACUGUUGUGAUCCCCCACUUGAAUCUGUUCCUCAGGAUGACUGGUUCUGCUCCAAAUGCAACAGCUGGUCCAAUAAGGUCAGCCCUAAGAAAAAAAAGGCUGCACAGAAAAGAAAGAAACUUUCCUCGAGAACUAAGUGAUUCUUCUACACCUAUAGCUAGUACCGCUUCUAUAAUGUUACAUUGGAUACUAGUGUCUUUUUGCAACUCGUUCUUGGUCUUUGCAUUUACACCAUUGGCGUUGGGAUUGCUGGCGAAGACUUAAUGGAUGUAGAAUGAUCUUUAGGAAUUCACUGUUAAAUAAAUAUCAACUGUUUGUUUAUAUAAGUAGAAUGAGCAAAAGGCAGCUACUCUGUAAUCCACAGAAACUGUUUAUUCCAUUUGACAAAAAUAUUAGUAGUGUUUAAAUUUUCGAAUCUUCUCUGUUCUAUUGAAGCUAAA